AUGCCUGCAUCGGAUAAUGUGUUGGGCGAUUCGGAAUCCACCGAUUCUCAGUAUGAUCUUCCACCACCAGUGGUGAUUGAUUUUGGAAGUGGGGUCUUUAAGGCUGGAUUAGCUGGAGAGGAAAUACCUUCGUGUUGCUUUCAGAAUGUUGUUGGAUUGCCUCAUCUUGAAGAUGAACGAGAAAUUGUGGAGAGAUACCGAAAGCUUCAUAUGAAACGACUUCGUCGUUUGGGAAAGACGUCCAUAAUAACGGAAGAGGCAAAAGAAGAAGGAGAGCAAGAAAAAACCAAACAACUCACCGAAGAUGAUGAUUACCUUGAUGAAGAAUAUAUUGUGGGUGAUAAGGCUCUUGAAUCCAGACAUUCUCAUACACUCUUCUAUCCGAUGGAGAAGGGUCGUGUGGUGGAUUGGGAGCAAAUGGAAUUCCUUAUUGAAUAUGCCUUGUUGGACGUACUGGAUGUGGAGCUUCAGGAAACGCUCAUUCUGAUCACUGAAAAUCCCAUGAUGACGAAAUCCGAGAAGGAAAAACUUGCCGAGUGUUUGUUUGAGGUGUUUGAAAUUGCUGGCUUGUCCUUCAUGCCUCAACCUCUUCUUUCAUUGUAUAGUGUUGGAAAAACAACGGGAUUGGUGAUUGAUUCUGGUGAUUGCAUCACUCAUACUGUGCCAGUCUAUGAGGGAUAUAUUAUUGAUUAUGCUAUGCGUCAUUUAGAUUUCGGAGGAAGAGAUGUUACUCAUUACUUACAGCGAUUAUUGUAUGGAAAGGGAUAUCGAUUUGCAUCCUCUUCAGAACAUCAUUUCGUAAGGGAAAUUAAGGAGAGUAUGGCCUAUGUGGCCACGGAUUACGAAAAGGAAUUGAAAAAGCCAAUUACGAGUCUGCAACAAAAUUAUGAAUUACCAGAUGGCCAAAUCAUCAAGCUUGAUGAGGAAUUAUUCUCUUGUACUGAACUCUUGUUUAAUCCAUAUCUUGUUGGAAAGGAAGCUCCGGGAUUGGCUGAUCUUGUGUUUGACACUUUUAAGAGUUGUCCUAUUGAUGUCAGAAAAGAAUACUAUUCCUCAAUCAUAUUGAGUGGAGGAAAUACACUGCUAAAAGGCUUCCAAGAACGAACCAAGAUUGAAUUGGAGAAUAAUGAAAAAAGUUUUAAGCCAUUCAGGGUGAUUGCAGAUCCUAUGAGACAAUUUGGUGCCUGGAUGGGUGGUUCGGUGAUUGCAAGCUUACCCUCCUUUGAAAACGUUGUGGUGACCUUUGAGGAUUGGGAUGAUUAUGGUACCAAGAGUCUCUACCUCAAAGAUAAGAGUUUUGCUAUUCAUUAG